ACUUCCCUAGUACUUGCAAGAAUUCAGGGACUUUGCCGAGCAGGGACGCGGUUAAUGAACGGGACUUUAACGCGGGUUAACCUAUAUCUUCGUGGCCAUGGCAGCCCAGCUCUUACUGGUUGUGUGCGCGGUGUGGCUCAGCUCGUCCUCCACCGCACAGCCUGUUACACCAGAGGAUUUGUUGGUGAUCACUGCGGCGACAGAAGAGACGGAUGGCUUUAACAGAUUCAUGCGAACAGCGAAAGAAUUUAACUACACUAUUAAGGUGCUGGGUCUUGGAGAGGAUUGGAGAGGGGGUGAUGUAGCUAAAACUGUUGGUGGUGGACAGAAGGUUCGAUGGUUGAAGAAUGAAAUGCAGAAACACAAAGACAAACACAACACAGUUAUCCUCUUCGUCGACAGUUAUGAUGUCAUCCUGACGAGCGGGCCGGAGGAGCUCCUGUUGAAAUUCUCCCGCUUUAAGCACCGAGUGGUUUUCUCUGCUGAGGGCUUCUGUUGGCCUGACCAGCGGCUGGCCCCAAAGUACCCACCUGUCCACAGCGGCAAACGCUACCUCAACUCUGGAGGGUUCAUUGGGUUUGCUCCCGAGAUCUUUGCUGUUGUGGAGCAAUGGAACCACAGAGACCAUGAUGAUGACCAGCUGUUCUACACACGCAUCUACCUGGACCAGGAACAAAGGACUAAGUUCAACAUGACACUGGAUCAUAAAUCACGGAUUUUCCAGAAUCUUAAUGGCGCCAUUGAGGAAGUGGUUCUGAAGUUUGAGAAAUCUCGAGUCAGAGCUCGCAAUGUUGCUUACGAUACACUUCCAGUUGUUAUCCAUGGCAAUGGACCUACCAAGCUCCAGCUGAAUUACCUGGGCAACUAUGUUCCAACAGCGUGGACAUAUGAAAGAGGAUGUGGCAUCUGUGAUGAUCUGCUAUAUCUUAACGAUAUCCCAGAUGAAGAGAUGCCCCUGGUGCACAUUGCUGUGUUCAUCGAACAGCCAACACCCUUCCUGGAGGAGUUUCUGGAGAGACUGACAACACUGAAUUACCCACACACUCGUUUAAGGCUCUUCAUCCACAACAAUGUGGUGUAUCAUGAGAAGCACAUUGAGUUGUUUUGGAGUCGGCAUCGUUCUUUGUUCUUAGAUGCUCGUAUUGUUGGACCUGAGGAAAACCUCCGGCAUGACCGGGCCAGAACCAUGGCUGUAGAGGCGUGUAAGAGCAGCAUCACCUGUGAUUACUACUUCAGCAUUGAUUCUGAUGUGGCUUUGACCAACCGUGACAUACUGCGGAUCCUUAUAGAAGAAAACAAGUCAGUGAUUGCCCCAAUGUUGUCUCGACAUGGGAAGCUCUGGUCUAAUUUCUGGGGUGCUCUGAGUCCUGAAGGGUUCUACUCCCGUUCUGAGGAUUACAUUGACAUUGUGCAAGCCAAACGAGUGGGCCUGUGGAAUGUGCCCUAUGUAACUCAGGUGUACCUGAUUCGUGGUGACAUCCUGCGUACACGACUGGCCCACAUCUCCCUCUAUGAGCAGGAGGAGAUAGACCCUGACAUGGUCUUCUGCAGAGCAGUCCGAGACCAGGGUGUGUUCAUGUUUGUGUCUAACAGAGAUGAGUUUGGCCGGUUGAUCUCAACCAAGAACUACAACAUCAGCAGACUCUACCCUGACAUUUGGCAAAUAUUCGAUAACCCCAUGGACUGGAGAGAGAAGUAUGUCCAUGAGAACUACUCUCAGAUCUUUGAGGAGGGGGAGACUGUGGUGGAACAGCCCUGUCCCGACGUUUACUGGUUUCCCAUCUUUUCUGAACGGAUGUGUGAUGAACUGGUGCAGACGAUGGAGGACUUUGGCAUGUGGUCUUCAGGGAGACAUAAUGAUGACAGACUAGCUGGUGGUUAUGAGAAUGUUCCGACAGUCGAUAUUCAUAUGAACCAGAUUCAAUAUGAGGAAGAAUGGCUGAAAUUCCUAAAAGACUACAUAGUUCCUGUGACGGAAAAACUCUACCCAGGGUACUACCCAAAGGCGAAGGCGGUGAUGAACUUUGUGGUUCGUUAUCGGCCCGAUGAACAACCUUCCCUUCGGCCACAUCACGAUUCCUCAACCUUCACCAUCAACAUUGCUCUGAACAGCAAGGGAAAAGACUACCAGGGUGGGGGCUGCCGUUUUCUGCGUUAUGACUGUAAAAUCGAAGCUCCCAGGAAAGGAUGGUCCUUGAUGCACCCUGGACGUCUGACCCACUACCACGAAGGCCUGCCCACCACAGAGGGCACACGCUACAUCAUGGUGUCAUUUGUAGACCCCUAGCACUCCUCUGUGUGUGUGAGUGUGAGUGAGAGAAUAAUUUGUAAUUUAACAAGCAGUUGUCAUUGUGUACUUUCGAAUGUUGAGGCAGUAGUUUUACCAUGUUUUUCUCCAUUAACGUGCCUCACCCCCUGCCCCUAGCAAAAGCAAUAGUUUUCGAACUUUCUUUUGUGAUCAACCUCUUAUUUGUUGUUUUCGUGUGUUUUUGUUUUGUUUGCUUUUUGCUUGUUUUUUGGAGCAAAUUUCUUUGUCUGGGACAGAUUUUAGACAGAUGAACAAUCAUUUAAAGCCUCGUCUGAAAAUACACCAACAUGUGUCAGUCGUUCUGGAAAUGCAUUUUCUCCUCCCGGCUUUGUACAAAUUGCUUUAAAUUAUUGUUUUAUUUACAUAAUAAAAAUGAAGUGAAACAA